AUGGGGCAGUGCUUAGGUCUUCGUGCAGGAGUUCUAGACGGAGCCAUCAGUAUAUCUGCUGUUCAGUGGUUAGGCAAUGCAGACAAGUCAUGGCAUGAACCUCGUUUGAGGUUAAAGUAUGCUUUCUUUGGAUCACUAUACCGAUGUUUAUCAAGAGGAGCAAGGGCAGUUUUUCAAAUAUACCCUGAGAAUCUCGCUCAGCGUGAGUUGAUCUUUUGCCAGGCCAUGAAAGCUGGAUUUAGCGGUUGGUUUGUUUUAGACUACGCGCACAGUACUAAGAGUUCUUGGUCGUCACAUGUGGUCCUCUUCCAACUAAUAUUGACUAUGGUCAUAAAGAUAGUUGCUCUGAUGAUGAUGAUGAUAGAGAAUGGAAUGGUUUGGGUAUCAGAUAGGAACAGGCCAAGGAAGUUGCAGAGAACGAACAAGAACGGGAAAGAAAGGGAUUGGGUCUUGAGGAAGAAGGAACAAAGUAGAAGAAAAGGAAACGAUGUUCCUGCUGAUUCCAAGUACACCGCUAGAAAACGCAAGUCGCGUUUCUGA